CCGGAUUGGCGGGCGGCGGGACCACGGCGGCAGAAGGACUCUGCUCCAGCGGCGUCGUCGGUGGACCUUCCCGGAUGGCAACGGCCGGCGGACCAUCGAGGAAGCCCUUCAGCGGGCCGUGGCUGGUAGCAGGCGGGGGCCUGCGGAAUACCGCCCGGUUCUGCUGGAGGGCUGAGGGGGAGGUGGGCACCUUCCCCGACCGGCUGGCCUUCAUCCGGGAGGUGGCCUUUGGAGCGUUGGGCCUUCAGAUGCCGGACAUCCUCUGCGUACAGCGGAAUGGCCCCUUCCGCUUCUUCGAGGUCACCUUGUCCACCGACGAGAGUUACACCAAGGUCCUGGAGCGGAGCAAGGAGGGGGCCCAGCACCCCCUCCUCGGACGUUACAACAUCGAGCCGCUGUGGUGGCCCGACAAGCGGCCUCCCUUCUGCCGGCAGUGCCACAGUUUUGGACACACCCUGGAGGGAUGCGCCAACCUGCGCUGCCGCAACUGCCUGGAGUCGGGGCACAUGGCCAGGGACUGCAAGGGCCCCCGUCGCUGCAAACACUGUAACGGCGAGGACCAUCUGGCUCGUUCCUGCCCACAGAAAAAGACUACAUAUGCCGACGCUCUGUCGGGUAACAGAGCAGUCGGCACGGAGAAUGGUGGGGGAGCUCUAGCCCCCACGACUGGGCAGGAACAGCCGGCGACGGCGGCAGGAGGAGAAGCCCUGGUCGAGGUGGAGGAGGCCCCUUCGAGUGCGACACCAAUGCAGGAGGGGUCUCCGAACAAGGUGGAGCAGCUCGCCCUGGCUCCAGGCGUCAGCAGCAGGCGAAAGAAGAGCGGUGCAUCCCCCCGGGGGAGGAAGAAGAGCAGAAGGGAGGCGCAACCCGACGCAUCCAGCCCUCCGGCGGCCACCUCGCCAGCAGUGGCGGCCGGGGACCAAGGCCGACAGUGUCCCCCCUCCCCGAUGUUAGAGGCCCCCCGUCUGGUGUGGGACUUGGGACAGUCCCCUGCACCCCCCCAGGAGUACAGCGGUCAACAGGACACUGCUAAUGAACAGGAGUACCUGGGGGGGCUGGAAUUGGGGGACCUUUUGAGGUUGACUGAGGAGGGGGGGCAGUAGGACAGUAUUGUUUUUAAUGGCUGGCUUUUAUUAUUUUAGUUUGUUGUUUUUAAUUGUAUUUUAUUAUUUUAACAUUCUAUGGCCAAUUUUAAUAUUGUCACCUUGAAUGUAAGGGGUUUGAGGAACAUUUUAAAACGCACAUCUGUUUUUAACCAGCUGGCAUCUUCUCCCUUCAGCAUUUGUUUUCUGCAGGAAGUCCACCUCCGGGACCAGCGGGACGAGGCUCUCUUUU